AUGGCAACAGCGCGCUUUAUGAGAUACCCUAGAUGCAUUGCCGCUGCAACGACCAGCUCACCGCCACCACCAUCGUCUGGACGUGAAGAGACGAAGAAACGUAAUGACGCUCUCCUACUCGGCGGGGGGGCGGCGGUGCUCGCGGGCAUUUACUAUUAUUAUACAAGAGAGCACCAGGGACACAAUCGACCGCUAAGUUCUUCGGAACGGGCUGCUCGUGAAGAGGAGGAGAUUCGACAGAAAAUGCGGGAGGCGCAGGACGACGCGCGACAAGCUGCCGAAGCGGCAAAGGCUCGCGCAGAAAGCGGGGUGCGGCAGACCGAGGAAAAAUACGCAGGGAUGAAGACUAGCGCGAAGGCGAGAGCUGAAGAAGCUGGGCACGAGCUCACAGAGCGAGCGCGCCAGAACGUGCGAGCAGCACAGUCGAAAGUGGAUGAGUAUAAAGAGGCCGCAGAGAAGACCUUCGACGACGCUCGCAAGGCUUCAGAGCGAAGAUAUGGGGAGGCUAAGGAUACAGCCGCUCAGAAGGCUGAAGAAGCAAAGGAUUCGGGUUGGAAGCUAUUUGGAUUUGGGAGCCAAAAGGCAGACGAAACGAAGAAGCAGACCGCGGGACAGGUCGCGGGCACGGCUGAAGACGUCAAGAGGAAAGCGGAGAGGCAGACAUAA